UUACACUGUGAAAGGACAGGAACACAUACGGAUGCCCAAUUGAUUUGUGUUUCUGCUCCUCCAUCCAUCACCAUGCGGAUGAGCGGACGUGCAGGAAAUGUUGUGCACAGGUUGGGAGACACGUGGAACGCAUGUGGAACGCGGAAGUGCCGCUCAGGCAUUGGGCGGAUAGACGAGCUGCGACAAUGGAAGAUGACCGACCCCCGAGCUCAUCGUGGAGGAAAGUUCUUGUGUCCUGUGUGCCAGAAAUGAAUCUGAGCCCGGGGUCCACCCUCACCAUUCUGUUGUCUUUAGCGAUCUCUGGGCCGACACUGCUGAGGAAGGCCAGGGGAGAAAAUGUGGACAGUAAGCUGGACCUGGAGGCCGGAGUGCUGGACACAAUGGCAGGUUACAGGCUGAUCACAUACAUUUAUUUCAAUGAGGAUCUACCUACCAUGGUUUGCAGUAUCCUGCUCAUUUGGUAUUUUGGUGGAGGCUUUGAGGAGAACGUUGGUACAGUGAAGUUUUUCUUCCUUACACCCCUGUUUGCUGUGUGUUCUGGAGUUCUGUAUCUGGCUGUCCUUGCCACGGGCUUCACCCCUCAAGCAGAUGUAAGCGUUCAAGGAUUUACAGCAGUGGCUUUUUCCAUGACCUGCGUCUUCACCAUGCGCACUAGUCUACGACGCCUUAUAUUCUUUGGAUUUUUGGUGCCAAUAAAAAUCAUGCCAGUGUUGUUCCUGAUCCUUGCUCUUUUGUUCCCUCAUGCCCCGGUCCUCAGCAAUGUGUGCAGCAUUCUGAUUGGUGCUAUGUAUGGUCUGGGUGGUUGCUUUUUCUUGGAUCCCUCCGAAUCAUUGCUGUCUCAAAUAGACCAGAAGUUACCAUUUAGGGUGCUGAAGAACAUUCCGCUUUGGAGAUACAUUCCUGCAACUUUGGCUGAGCGAAGUUCUUCUCAGAGCAAAAAGUUAAACCCACCACCUGGGUCUUAUCCCACUCAGCAAUAUUACACUCCACCGGAGGGUCUCCAAGAAAUGUACUCUCCGUACCACCAUGCUAGGGUGCCAGGAACAUGGCCACCUACUGGAGUUUUCGGCUACCCAUCUACAACUGCUUCUGGAGCUUACCAUCAUCAAAAUCAUGAUUGUUCAGGACACUCUCACAGUCGCCCAGAUAAUGUAGCUUCAGUUGAAUUUGGAUCAACGACCCAGGAGAAUGCAGAAAUUUCUACUACUCAGACUGAAUUACUGCAAGUAGAGACUAGGUGACACUAUGGUGCUAGAAUUUUAGCGCUGUUUGCUUGAUGGCUAAACAACUCGUAGCCAUCAUAUUUAUCAUCUGUACUUUAUAAAUGUGCCUAAAAAUGGUAGUGUAAUUAUUUUUGUUGCAACCAUAUUUAAUUGAGGUGCCUGGUGAGGGCUGUGGUGGGCUAUAUUCAUUUUGUUAAAGUUGAAUAUGACCUGAUAUCAUCUGUGCAGCUAAUUGCUUUCCUAUUACAUUUAUAGAUUGUGAAAUUUCAUAGAGGCUCGAAGUGAUAAUUUUUUUUUUUAAAUUGCCCAUUUUUUUUAAAUUGCCCAUAAUUAUAGCAAUCGGCUUACAGUGCACAGUGUACUUACUGAGCCUCAUAACAUGAUGCCAUAUCAUAGGCUUUUUUUGCCUUUUGUUAUUAAACAGAACUAUUUUUUUAAGUGACAAUUUAUAGAAAACAAUAAAUGUUUUAUUGGUGUUU